UGCUACUGCCGGAAGUGCCUAAGCUAAGAGGGAACCUUAGAGGACGGGACUUCUUUGCGGGAUUUGGGAUCGUUUCACCUACUUCCCUGGAGUUUGGGCUUUACCUCUACAACACUGUGCGCCCCCUCCUGGGGUCCGACCGGCCUCGUUCCUAGGUCUUUUGCCUGCUGUCCUGGAAAGCCGGGCUCCUGCCGCACGAUGCCCCAGCUCGUACUCCUGCAUGGGAGGGUCUGGGCUGCGCUGCUUGGCCAGCUUCUCCGGUCUCCGCGUGUUGUGUGCAUUCGGGCGGUCCAUUCUCAAAGCCAGGUUGCAGAGGCAGUGUUGACAUCCCAACUGAAACCACAUCAAGAGAAAUCAAAUUUGGUUAUCAAGACCCCCAAGGGCACCAGAGAUCUUAGUCCCGAGCAGAUUGUUGUGAGGGAGAAGAUACUUGAUGUAAUUGUUAGCUGCUUUAAACGUCAUGGAGCAAAAGGGUUGGAUACUCCAGCAUUUGAGCUAAAGGACAUGCUCACCGAGAAGUAUGGGGAGGACUCUGGGCUCAUUUAUGAUCUGAAAGAUCAGGGGGGAGAGCUGUUGUCCCUGCGCUAUGACCUCACUGUCCCUUUUGCCCGUUAUAUGGCCAUGAAUAAACUGAAGAAGAUGAAGCGCUACCAUGUUGGAAAGGUAUGGCGGCGGGAGAGCCCAACCGUGGUCCAAGGCCGCUACAGGGAGUUCUGCCAGUGUGAUUUUGACAUUGCUGGUCAUUUUGACCCUAUGAUCCCUGAUGCAGAGUGUCUGAAGAUCAUGUGUGAGAUCCUAAGUGGAUUGCAGCUGGGGGACUUUCUCAUUAAGGUCAAUGACCGGCGGAUUUUGGAUGGGAUGUUUGCCAUCUGUGGUGUUCCUGAAAGCAAGUUCCGCACCACCUGCUCCUCCAUAGACAAACUAGACAAGAUAUCUUGGAAGGAGGUGAGACAUGAGAUGGUGGCACAGAAAGGCCUGGCUCCUGAAGUGGCUGAUCGAAUUGGGGACUAUGUCCAGUGUCAUGGUGGGCUGUCCUUGGUAGAGCAGAUGUUCCAGGAUCCUGGACUAUCUCAGAGCAAGCAGGCCCUAGAGGGUUUGAGGGACCUGAAGCUACUCUAUGAAUAUCUGACUUUAUUUGGAAUUGCAGAGAAGAUCUCCUUUGAUCUAAGCCUGGCUCGGGGCCUGGACUACUAUACAGGAGUCAUCUAUGAAGCAGUGCUGCUACAGAGCCCAGCCGAGGCCGAGGAAGAGCCCCUGAAUGUGGGCAGUGUGGCUGCUGGUGGGCGCUACGAUGAGCUAGUGGGCAUGUUUAACCCCAAGGGUCACAAGGUGCCAUGUGUGGGGCUCAGCAUUGGGGUGGAGCGAAUCUUCUCCAUUGUGGAGCAGAGGAUGAAGACUUUUGGUGAGAAGAUACGGACCACAGAGACCCAAGUGUUUGUGGCUACUCCACAGAAGAACUUUCUCCAGGAACGGUUGAAGCUAAUUUCCGAGCUUUGGGAUGCUGGGAUCAAGGCAGAGCUGCUAUAUAAGAACAACCCUAAACUGCUAACGCAACUGCACUACUGUGAGAACACGGGCAUUCCACUGGUAGUCAUUAUUGGUGAGCAAGAACUGAAGGAAGGGGUCCUCAAACUCCGUUCAGUGGCCAGCAGGGAAGAGGUGGCGAUUAAACGGGAAAAUCUUGUGGCUGAAAUUCAGAAGCGGCUCUUCAAGUCCUGAUCCUUUCCUGAUUGCCAUCUGCUGCUCCUCGUAGAAGAUGUUUCCUCUAGGACUGAGUUCCUGAUGGAUUUCACAACUGCUGGCCAGGAUGGGUGACAAGUGCCUCUCUCUGCCUCCACCAUCUGUUCUGGGUACAGAACUGUGGAAGGCCCUGAGGACUCCUGGGCUGUUAUGAGCAGCUAUUCUGCCUGGGCGCAAAUGGCUAGUAUGUGAAAGAGACAUGCUCUCACUGCCGAGGCGGAUGUCAAAGGCCAUUGAAUGCUGCUACCAUUGAAUGCUGCUAAGAGGUGCUAAGGUGUUUGCUGUGAGCAAGGCUCCAGGAAAGUCAUCUCAGGCUGAGAGGAUUCUGAACCAUUGAGAUGAGAAGUCAGAUACUUGGCUUUCUACUGUGACUUCUGAAGCAGAUUCUGAGAAUUUGUUGACAGCUUGCUGUUGGUCUGUCCACAUUUUGGGGAGACAGAAAGGCAGGGUAAUGGCUGCUAUCUGCUUUGUUAUCCUGCUAUCUGGAGGACAGAGAUGCUAUUCCAAGGGUAUAGCGUUGCCUAUAUUGAUGGAGCAGCUCUGUAGCCCAUCCGGUCAUUAACAAUAGCAGGGUGAGGCUGUUUCAUCAUCUUGAAUGUUGAACUUAAUGGGUGACCUGACGAGAUGGAGAUCUCAUCUUUCAAGAUUUUGGAGACCAUUUUGUGUGCCAGAAUCACUGCUCUAUGUCAUGUCCUGCCAUGGAGGUGGCUGUUCCUGAAGUGG